AUGUCCUUCGUCCCAGAGCAGAGUCUGUGCCCCCCCCAGCAGGAGCUCCUCUCUCUGGGUUUGGAUCCUUCAGACUUCAGCCUCGGGCCCCCCCCAGCCUUCCUCCCUCAGCUCUACGGCCUGCAGACGCCCCUGCUCCCCGCGGCUCCCUGGUUCUCCUUCUCCUCCCCGGAUGACAUGAUGCGGAUGGUGCGCCCCCCCUACUCCUACUCCGCCCUCAUCGCCAUGGCGAUCCAGAGCGCCCCCCAGCAGCGGCUGACCCUCAGUCAGAUCUACGGCUACGUGUCACAGAACUUCCCCUUCUACAGCCAGAACAAGGCCGGCUGGCAGAACUCCAUCAGACACAACCUGUCACUCAAUGACUGCUUCACCAAGAUACCCAGAGACCCUCAGGACCCUGGUAAGGGGAAUUACUGGACUUUGGAUCCAAACUGUGAGAAAAUGUUCGACAACGGAAACUUCCGCCGCAAGAGGAAGAGGAAGACAGAUCAUGUGACUGCUGGAAAGAAGUCUUCCAUCUCCUCCUCGUCUUCCUCACCUGACUCUCCCUCCUCCUCUUCAUCAUCAGCUGACUCUCCCUCCACCGGAGACGAGUCUGAACAUGUCUACACUCAGAGACCUGUUAGAGAAGCCUCGUCUUUCUUCCUCUUUUCGUGUCCUCGGGCUGAAGGAUUCCUGCUCAGCCUUCAGUCCAGCUGCCGACAGUUCAACAAGCCGUCCGUCAGGCUCAGCUGCACAUUUAUUAUCAACACAUUAAAGUCUCCCAGAAAGUUCCUCAAGGAUUCCCUGCAGGUCCCCAGUAAAUAA